AUGCCAUGUGCUGUCUUAUCACAGGGAAUCAUUAGCCGAGUUACAGAAUCAGUGAAGAAUAUUGUACCAGGCUGGUUACAGAGGUACUUCAAUAAAAGCGAAGAUGAAUGUGUAGAUGCAAGUGAACCUACAAACCAGCAGGAAACUCCAGUAAACUAUCAUCAUGGUUAUGCAGAUGACGAUACCCCAAUGUUUGAUGGGAGAGUCACUCCUGAGUCAACAAGAAUUAAUUUAGAAGAACCUUCCACGAGUAGAUCUGCAUUAAAUUUCUCAGAUGUGUUAACAAGACCCUCUCUUCAUCGGAGUCAUUUGAAUUGCACUAUGUUGGAUUCCCCGUCACCACAUUGUCAGCCCUCUACAUCUUCUGCAUUUGCAAUUGGCAGUUCUGGACUCUCCCUUGUAAAAGAAAUCAAAGAUUCUACCUCUCAGCAUGAUGAUGAUAACAUCUCAACUACUAGUGGUUUCUCUUCUAGAGCAUCUGAUAAAGAUAUAGCAGUUUCAAAAAACACAUCAGUACCACCUCUCUGGUCCACAGAGGCUGAACGAUCUCAUUCUCUCUCUCAACAUUCUGCUACCAGCUCUAAAAAACCUGCAUUCAACUUAUCUGCUUUUGGAGCUCUAUCCCCUUCACUUGGUAAUGCUUCUGUCCUUAAGACAAGCCAGCUUGGGGAUUCUCCAUUUUACCCUGGAAAAACCACUUACGGUGGUGCAGCUGCAGCAGCAAGGCAGUCUAAAAUACGAAUUACUCCUUAUCAGACACCUGUCAGAAGACAGAUGAAAGCAAAGCAAGCAAAUGUGCAAUCCUAUGGAGUGACAAGUUCCACAGCACGGCGCAUCUUGCAAUCUCUGGAGAAGAUGUCAAGUCCUUUAGCAGAUGCUAAAAGGAUUCCAUCUUCUGUUGUUUCUCCAUUGUCUUCUCCUGUGGACAGGAGCAUGCUGGAUAUUACUCGCUUCCAUUCAAAGAGAAGACAGGUGGAAUCCCAGUACCCUCCUGUCCAGAAACUAGUGACACCGAAGACAAUUUCUCCGUCAAUGAGCCGGUCACAGUAUUUUAAACCAUCUCUGACUCCAGCUGCUGAGUCAGGCAAGAUUAGACAGAGAAUAGAUGUAAAGCACAAAGGAGUGAAGGAGAAGAAUUUGACUGCAGAGAAGCAAGUAGAAUCACCUGAAAAUACUCCUGCAUCCAAUGGAUUAUAUUCUGCAGUGGGAGGUGGCGGUGGCGGCAAGAUGAGAAGGGAAAAAGGCGUACACUAUGUAUCUCAGCAAGGACAAGAGAAACAGGAGAUGGAAGCACCAGUAUUACCCAAAAUAUCCUUACCAAUCAAUACAUCACUGCCUAACUUCAGCUUUGGUUCCCUUGCCAGUACUACUGUGUCAUCGUCAGCAAUCACUGAUGCACAACCAGUGAUUAACAAGGUGCAACCAGCAAGUAAUGCUAGCAGUCCUGUGUUCAGAUUUUCAUCUCCAAUUGUAAAGUCUACUGAGGCAGAAGUGCUACCUCCAUUGUCUAUUGGGUUUACAUUUAGUGUUCCUGUUGUGAAAUCAACAGAAGCUUCUGGAUCCAGUGAUACUCCAAUGCCACUUCUGAUUAGCACAGGUACCCCUGCUGUAAAUAGCACCAGCAAUAAGAAGAAAGAACAGGAAGAGUACGAUGGCGCCUUCAAGCCUGCAAAAGUCUUGAAAGAAGGGAGUGUACUGGAUAUUCUAAAGAGCCCUGAGUUUACUUCUCUGAAGACACACACCCCUGCAGCUACACAGCCUGUUUCAACAAACACAGAAGUUUAUACACGGCCUGCAAUAAGUAAUUUUUCUGCAGGUUCGUUGGGAUUUAGAGAGACCUCUAAACAGUCUUCAUCAUAUUGGCACUGUGACACAUGUCUCUUACAAAACAAGCCCACAGACAACAGAUGCGUAACCUGUCAAGCUGCUAAAGUGCCGACAUCAGAUCCUGCUAAACAGACUGGAACGUUGACUCUAAGCAGCACUGUUAAAUCAGCUGCUCCAGCAACAGGAACACAGAGCUUUGGAGACAAAUUUAAAACAGCAGUAGGGACAUGGGAUUGUGAUACAUGUCUAGUCCAGAAUAAACCUGAAGCUACAAAAUGUGUGGCCUGUGAAACACCAAAGCCUGGAACGGGAGUAAAGCCUGCUCUGACAUUGCCAGUGGUCACAGAAAAUACAGUAACAGUGACUUCCUCUCCUAGCUGCACUGAAACGACAGUCACUUUGGGGUUUGGAGACAAAUUCAAAAAGCCGAAGGGUUCUUGGGACUGUACAGUGUGCCUUGUAUCAAAUAAGGCAGAAGACAGUAAAUGUGUAGCAUGUCAAUGUGAGAGACCAGGGAAUUCAAUGCCUGUGACUAGUAGCAGCACAUCUUUCUCUGCUCCUUCUGGAGGAUUUCUGGGAUUAGACAAAUUCAAGAAACCUGAGGGAAGCUGGGACUGUGAAACAUGCUUGGUACAAAAUAAAGCAGAGGCCACAAAGUGCAUAGCUUGUGAGACUGCAAAACCAGGCACCAAACCAGAGCUCAAAGGUUUUGGUACUGCUGCUGUGUCCUCAGAUGCCGCUGCACCGUCAUUUAAAUUUGGUAUUCAGUCGUCAUCCUCUGAGUCACCUCAGACGUUAGGAAGCACAGAAAGUUUUAAAUUUGGAGAACAGGGGGGUUUCAAGUUCGGUAUUACAUCAGAGUCAGGAUCUGUAACAAACACCAUGACUGGGGGCUUUAAUUUUGCUAAAACUUCAGGGGAUUUUAAAUUUGGAGUCAUCUCUUCAGAUUCUAAAUCAGAGGAGAGUAAAAAAGACAGUAAGAGUAACAGUUUUAACUUUGGACUUCCCUCGGGUACAAGCAAUACAUCUACUUCAACAUUUCAGUUUGGAACUAAUAAGCAGGAAAAGAAAGAGGAACCCGUUUUAGGGGGUUUCAGUUUUGGUACAAGUUCUAUUGCCUCCAUAGCUACACCAGAGAAUAAAACAGGAGUGAGUGGAUUCAGUUUUGGAACCGUGGAGGUAAAGGAAGUUGCAUCAAGUCCUUUUUUAUUUAAAAAAUCAGAGGAGAAAAAAGAUGAAACUCCUUCAGUAAAGGGAGGCUUCACUUUUGGCAGCACGGAGGGCGCGUCUGCAUCACAGUUUGUUUUGGGAAGGACAGAGGAGAAACAGGACUCUGUUACCUCUGCUACUUCAUUAGUGUUCAGGAAGACUGUUGACAAUGAGGAGCCAAAGGCACAAACCAUCUUUGCAUUUGGGAAGUCUGAGCAGACCAAAGAAGAGAGCACAGCAAAACCCACAUUCACUUUCAGCUUAGCAAAACCAGAAGAGAAGGAAACUGAGCAAACAAAGCCAGCUUUUACAUUUGGGGCACAAACCAAUACUACAGAUCAAGGGGCAACAAAGCCAGCUUUCAGUUUCUUGAACCCUGGUUCCUCUUGCACAGCCAUACCAAGCACUUCAGCGAACAGCAGUAGUGUGUUUGGCAGCUCCUCCUCUGCCUCAAAUCCUCCACCAGUUGCCACUUCCUUUUUGUUUGGACAAGCCAACAACACUGUGAGCAGUUCUGGGUUUGGCAAUGCCUCCGAAUCCAAUGGCUCUCAGUCAUUUGGGUUCUCUCAAGAAAGCAAACCAGUCACCACAUCGUCCAGCACAAAUGCAGCUGUUGCUUCAUUUCUCUUUGGUUCAGGAUCUACCAGUAGCAAUAAUGCAACCUCUGGUUUCAGCUUUGGGGCCACAACCACAUCAAGUUCUACAGGUUCUUCCUCUUCAUUUGUGUUUGGCUCUGGGACUUCAGCACCUGUUGCUGGUCCAGCAUUUGGUGCCAGCCAGACACCAACAUUUGGUCAAAGUCAAGGUACCAGCCAGCCAAAUGCUCCAACUUUUGGAUCAUUAUCAUCAACUUCAUUAUUUUCAGCUGGCUCUCAGCCUGCACCUCCAGCCUUCGGGUCUGUGUCAAGCAGUAGUCAGCCUCCUGUGUUUGGACAGCAAGCUAGCCAACAGCCUGGGUUUGGCUCUGGUACAACACCUAAUUCCGGUGGUGUAUUCCAGUUUGGAAGUAGUUCUAAUUUUAACUUCACAAGUAAUAGCCCAGGAGUAUUUACUUUUGGUGGGAAUUCUGGCGCACCAGCCCCACCAACCCAGCCUUCUGGCUCUUCAGGAUUUUCAUUCAAUCAGCCUCCAACAUUUACAGUGGGGUCUAAUGGGAAAAAUAUAUUCUCUGCUUCUGGAUCUUCAGUUUCUGGACGGAAGAUAAAAACUGCGGUUAGACGUAGAAAAUAAUUGCCAGUGGUUGUUAAACAGCAACUUUCACAAUAGCUGGUUGCCCUGCAAUUAUUGGAUUGUACCUCAUACUGGGUUUAGCUGAAGUCAGAUCUGCCUAAAGAAAUUCAUAACUCUCCCCAUUUAGUUUUUUUGGUAAUAGGUAGAGUUGGCGACAGGAAGAUUCUCAAGCAAAACAAUUUUAGAAUCCAGCAAUUUCUUUAUUCAGACUUGGCAUGGUCUGGCUAUAAGACAUAAAUAUAGCCCACACAGCAAAUAGCUUUGUAUAAUACCUCUUCAUCUGCACCACUAUGUGCACUCAUUUGCGUUUACUGACGCCUCAAAAUUGUAAUUAUCAGUGAAGGGAUUCUGUAUAGAGUAGAGAAUGUUGGUAAUGAAUGAUUUCUAUGCUGAGUUUGUGCUGGUGUAUGUGUGAAGUGAGUGAGUUGGGUGUAUUGUGCACUAAAAUUUUCUGAUAGAGGAAGACUGAUUAAAGGAUGGUCCCUGCUAAGGACUUGUUAGAUCUGUAGUUCUCCAUUUAAUAUGCUAUUUCUUUAUUUUCAUUCUUAUGGCUCUUUAUCACUUGUCUCGCCUUUUUCUUAUUUUAUUAUGAAAAAGUGUAAAUAUAAUUUUGUUUCUCUUUUUUGGCAUAACAAAUCUGUGAACUUGAAAUUUUAAUUUUGUGUGUUAUGGCAAUUUUUGUUUAGUAUGGUCUCAGAUUUUAUUAUGUAAAUCCCAUUAUUCAAAGUUGCCUAAAUCCAUUUGGAAAAUCUUUAAAUAAAAUUGGGAAUUCUUAAAGUGAGUUUAUUGGCUUUUCUGAUCCAUUUUUGUUUGGACCAAAAACCAGUAUUGUACAAAGUACUAAGUAUAUAUUUUUAUAUUUACAGAAAUGGACUGUGGUGACUUUGGAUAAUAAGGAAAAGUUUAAUAUUAAAGCCAUGUUUAUUACAGUAUAAUUAACAUGUUAAACCAUGGGAUAAAUGCCAUCAAUAAAAAUUAUGAAAUAUU